AUGUUACGAACUCUAAGUCUGCAGAGGGAUGGGAAAAGGUACUAUAAGCUCGAGGAGGAGGAGCCCAUGUUGGGGAAUCCAAAUACUGGAAGUCUCGGUUCCCCUGUGAGGUGCAGGAAAGCCACCAUCUUGUUUCCGGGAUUUCGUCUUCUGAAAUCGAAGUUCAACCGGAAGCCGGCAGCAAUUCAUCCGCUGACAAGACUUUCAGACGCGUCGGAGUGCAAGAAGAUGACGAAGAGGCCGGAGACUGCGCGGUACUUGAAUUACUUGAAAGAGGCGGGGAGAUGGGAGGACAGUUCAGAUAGGCCUGUCAUGCAUUUUCCGUGA